AGUGCCAAAGCGCCAUCAAUACGACCCCGCUUAAUUUGUCUAUAAAUCCCUCACGGCCAAAUAAGCCCCCUGUUUGAUUGUUUGCCGCAAGCAAAGCAAACAAGAGAAGAGAAGACAAAGCUCGCCUUGCACAGGAAGCUAAUAAUACCGCCGCGCCGACCACCCAAGACGAAGAGAGAGGAGGAAGACGAAGAUGGUGAAGGUGCGCAUGAACACGGCCGAUGUGGCCGCCGAAGUCAAGUGCUUGCGGAGGCUCAUCGGCAUGCGCUGUGCCAAUGUCUACGAUCUCUCUCCAAAGACCUAUAUGUUGAAGCUUAUGAACAGUAGCGGUGUCACCGAGUCCGGCGAGAGCGAGAAAGUCUUUUUGUUGAUGGAGAGUGGCGUCAGAUUGCACACUACUGCAUAUGUUCGGGACAAAAGCAAUACUCCCUCUGGAUUUACACUGAAAUUGAGGAAGCAUAUACGCACAAGAAGGCUUGAGGAUGUGCGGCAGCUUGGAUAUGAUAGGAUUGUUCUCUUUCAAUUUGGGCUGGGUGCUAACGCCUACUAUGUCAUAUUGGAGCUAUAUGCCCAAGGAAAUGUUAUUCUCGCAGAUUCUGAUUUUAUGGUCAUGACUCUUCUGCGCUCGCAUAGGGAUGAUGAUAAAGGGGUUGCGAUCAUGUCACGCCAUCGUUAUCCAAUUGAAAUUUGUCGAGUUUUCGAGCGAACUACUGCGGCAAAGUUGCAGGAAACCCUUACGUUUUCUAAGGAACCUGAUAACAAUGAAUCUGUUAAGGAUCAAGAAGGUGCAAAUAAUGUGUCUGAUGCACCGAAAGAGAAAAAAGGUAGUCGUAAAGGUGGGAAGCCUGCCGAGUCAAGUAAAAAUACUGGUGAUGCUAAAGCCAAACAGGUCACCUUGAAGAAUGUUCUUGGGGAGGCAUUAGGCUAUGGACCUGCUCUUUCUGAGCAUAUUAUAUUAGAUGCUGGCCUCAUUCCAAAUACAAAACUUUGUAACGAGAACAAGUUAGAUGAUGAUACAAUUCAGCUUUUGGUCGAAGCUGUUGCAAAGUUUGAGGACUGGCUGCAUGAUGUUAUAUCUGGUGAUAAAAUUCCUGAAGGGUACAUUUUGAUGCAGAACAAAAAUUCAGGGAAGAGUAAUCCCCCAUCUGAACCAGGAAGUUCUGGCCAGAUAUAUGAUGAAUUCUGCCCCAUAUUAUUGAACCAAUUCAAAUCAAGGGAUUAUGUGGAGUUUGAAACGUUUGAUGCUUCUUUGGAUGAGUUUUAUAGCAAAAUUGAGAGCCAAAGGUCAGAACAACAGCAAAAGGCGAAAGAGAGCUCUGCCACCCAGAAGCUCAACAAAAUACGCGUGGAUCAGGAAAAUCGUGUUCAUAUGCUAAGGAAAGAAGUUGAUCAUUGCGUUAAUAUGGCGGAAUUGAUAGAAUAUAAUCUAGAUGAUGUGGAUGCUGCUAUAAUAGCAGUUCGUGUAGCUCUAGCAAAGGGCACGAGUUGGGAGGAUAUUGCUAGAACGGUGAAGGAGGAGAAGAAAUCUGGAAACCCUGUUGCUGCCAUCAUUGAAAAGCUUCAGCUUGAAAGGAAUUGCAUGACAUUACUGCUGAGCAACAAUCUUGAUGAAAUGGAUGAUGAUGAGAAGACUCUCCCUGCAGAUAAGGUGGAAGUUGAUUUAGCACUUUCAGCACAUGCCAAUGCUCGGCGGUGGUAUGAACUAAAGAAAAAACAGGAGAACAAACAGGAGAAGACUGUAACAGCACAUGAAAAAGCAUUUAAAGCUGCCGAGAGAAAGACUCGUCUCCAGUUGUCACAGGAAAAAGCUGUUGCUACCAUUUCACAUAUGCGCAAGGUUCACUGGUUUGAAAAAUUUAACUGGUUUAUCAGCAGUGAAAACUAUUUGGUUAUCAGUGGACGUGAUGCUCAACAAAAUGAGAUGAUAGUCAAGCGUUAUAUGUCAAAAGGAGAUCUGUAUGUCCACGCAGAGUUGCAUGGGGCUUCUAGUACGGUGAUAAAGAACCACAGGCCAGAACAACCAGUGCCUCCACUUACUUUAAACCAAGCUGGAUGCUUCACAGUUUGCCACAGCCAGGCAUGGGAUUCAAAGAUUGUCACUAGUGCUUGGUGGGUUCAUCCUCACCAGGUCAGUAAAACUGCUCCUACAGGGGAGUAUCUGACAGUUGGGAGUUUCAUGAUUCGUGGGAGGAAGAACUUUCUUCCCCCACACCCUCUAAUUAUGGGCUUUGGGUUGUUGUUCCGGUUGGAUGAGAGCUCCUUGGGUUCACAUCUGAAUGAGAGGAGGGUAAGAGGUGAGGAGGAAGGGACGAAUGAUGUUGAUGAAAGUGGGCCUCUAAAAGAGGUAUCUGAUUCUGAGUCGGAGAAGGAAGUUGCAGACGAAAAACUUGCAGAAGAAUCAAAAAUCACUCGUGAUUCAGCUAUACCUAUCCAACAACCAGAUCCGAAAGACCUAUCUGAGGUUAUGUCCUCUCAGAAUGGAUUAACUACAACCAUUGAUAAAGCAAAAGACUCACAUGAAAUUUCCAGGAAGGACGGGACCUUAAAUGAUUCUGAUCAGAAAAAUGUAGUUAAUGUUGCUGUAAACGGUGUUGCAUCUGUCACCCCACAACUUGAGGAUCUCAUUGAUAGAGCUCUUGGGCUUGGAUCGGCAGCUAUGUCCGUUAAGAAUUAUAGUGUUGAACCCUCUCCAGUUGAUUUGGUAGUGGAACAUAAUGUUGAAGAGAAUCAGGCUGCAGUAAGAGAGAAACCUCAUAUCUCAAAAGCUGAAAGAAGAAAGCUCAAGAAAGGCCAGACCAGUAGUGUUUCUGAAGAACAUGCUAAGCUGCAAAACGAAAAAUUGAAACACAAUGUUUCUGCAAGUCUGCCUGAAAAGGAAGUUCAUGAUAAGAAGCCAGGUGGUGGAAAAGUUGGUCGUGGACAGAAGGGUAAACUCAAGAAGAUGAAAGAGAAGUAUGCUGAUCAGGAUGAGGAAGAAAGAAGGAUCCGUAUGGCUUUACUAGCUUCUGCUGGAAGAGUACAGAAGAAUGGAGAGCCUCAAAAUGAAAAUUCAGCUCCAGCUGAAGAUAAGAAACCCGGUCCUGAGGAUGCUCCAAAAAUAUGUUAUAGAUGUAAAAAGCCAGGUCAUCUGUCCCGGGAUUGCCAAGAACAUCAAGAUGAUUCAUUACAUAGUCAUGCAAAUGUUGAAGAUGACCCUCUGGAUUUGGAUAAAUCUGCUUCUGAACUAGACAAGGUGACAAUUGAGGAGGAUGAUAUUCAUGAGAUCGGUGAAGAAGAAAAAGAGAAAUUAAAUGAUGUGGAUUACUUGACUGGCAAUCCACUGCCCAGUGAUAUUCUGUUAUAUGCGGUCCCUGUCUGUGGUCCUUAUAGCUCAGUCCAAUCUUACAAAUAUCGUGUGAAGAUAACUCCUGGCUCUGUGAAGAGAGGGAAAGCUGCAAAAACUGCCAUGAACUUGUUUAGUCACAUGACGGAAGCAACAGUUAGAGAGAAAGAGUUGAUGAAAGCAUGCACUGAUCCUGAGCUGGUUGCUGCAAUUAUUGGCAAUGUGAAGAUAACAUCUGCCGGCCUCACUCAAUUGAAGCAGAAGCAAAAGAAAGUCAAGAAGAGCAACAGCAAAGCUGGAAGCUAGACAGCUUAGUGCUGCGUCAAGUUUUGUAAAGACUGACAACACUAGUUUUCUCUGUUUGGAGGCUGUCUCCAAUAUGUUACUUAGUAUAAUCUUUACUGUAAAAAAGCAGCUAUCGACAUAAUCCUGUUAGGCAACUUGAAUGUAAGAGCAUUUUUACGUGUUAGAGAAAAAGACUGAUAUCAAUUAUCAAGGCUGUUUCCAUAGAAAUGGAGCCUCUCCUUA